AAUAUUGUAACUUUGAAGAGGAGAUUUAGAUUACAAUUAUACCGAGUCGUUAAGGAUGGGGCAUGCCAUAUCUGUAUCCGACCAGAAUCCGCUUUGAAUAUUUUAUCUAAUUUUAACUGACGGGCGGUCCAGAGGACCUCGGUGACUGCGGUGAGGGAGCCACCGGCGACGAUGGAGAGGACGGACAGCCAGACGAAGAGGGGUGGUAGCAGCGGCCGACUCAUUUCCUUCUAAUGAGGCCGACCCGUUUCCUUGCCCUUUCCUCUGCCUCCUUUUCCCCCACGACUUCUUCAUCUCCUUCCGUCGAGAAAACUAUCGGUAGAACAAAACCUUAUUUGACGGACAGAGCCUUGAUCGAACGAUGCCGAUCCAAUGCUCUCACGGUCGAAGACGCGCUAGAUUUGUUUGACGCAGCGGUGGCUGCCGAUCCGAAGCCCUCCAUCUACGCAAUCAACCUCCUCCUCGAUGCUAUCGCCGGAAUGAAGCACUACCCAAUCGUGAUCUCUCUCUGCAACAAGCUAAAUGUUUUAUCAGGAAUCCAGCCAAAUAUCCACACCUAUAGCAUCGUGAUCAACUCCUGCCGCCGAAUGAGCUCUGUGAACCUGGGCUUCGGCUUCUUAGGAGGCCUCCUCAAACGUGGCUUCUCUCCUAGGACUGCUAUCUUCAAUUCUCUCAUCAAUGGCCUCGGCACCGAGAGAAGGGUGGGCGAGGCAGCCAUGCUGUUCGAUAAAAUGUCUCUGAUGGGAUGCGAGCCGAACGUGGUCUCCUGCAAUGCUCUCAUCAAGGGGCUCUGCAACACCGGCAGUACUGCGUUGGCGCUGGAGCUGCACCGGAAAAUGUCUAUGAUGGGAGAUAGUUGCAAGACUAACAUAAUAACGUUCAACACUAUGAUCCACCACCUUUGCAACGAGGGACAUGUGAGCGAUGCUUGCAAACUGCUCGUGGAAAUGAGUCGUGUGGGUGUUAAACCGGAUGUGCGCACUUACAGCAGCAUUAUUUAUGGACAUUCCACUUUAGGCCACUUGAAGCAAGCUGUUGGUAUUUUCAAGGAGAUGAUGAAUCAUCACCUUUCACCAGAUGUGGUGACAUUCAACAUGCUGAUGAAUUCACUUUCCAAGCAUGAGAAGACUGCAGAAGCCCAUAAAUUAUUAGACUUGAUGAAGGAAAGAGAUGAAAAGCCUAAUGUAAUCUCUUAUACUAUAUUGGUGCAAGGAUAUUGUCGAGAAGGCCAUCUCGCUGAUGCUAGGGAAGUCUUCAAUUCCAUGUUGGUUAAGGGUCCUGCUCCUAACAGUCAUACUUACUCUGUCUUGAUUAAUGGAUUUGUCAAGAAUCAAAAAAUGGAUGAGGCCAUGGAGCUAUUCAACAAAAUGCAAAAAGGAGGAGUAAAGCCUGAUAUUAUUACCUAUAGUAUUAUACUAGAUGGACUAUGCCACCUUGGAAAAAUGGAGGAUGUUCGAGGGCUUCUUGAUGAAAUGAUGACUCAAGGAAUACGUCCAGAUGUCGUCACUUAUACCUCUAUAAUGUGUGGACUUUGUAGAUUAGGGAAGUGGAAAGAAGCUCAUCAAUUGCUUUAUGAAAUGACAGAACAACAAAUUCAUCCUAAUGUCGUGACAUUCAAUGCAUUGAUUGAUGCCUUUUGUAAAGAAGGAAUGAUUCAAGAGGCACAUGGAUUACUGGAAGUGAUGAUCUGUAGAGGUAUAGAGCCUGAUGUAGUAACUUAUACUACACUAAUGGAUGGUUAUUGUAUGGUAGGAAAACUAAAUGAUGCAGUAAGAAUUUGUGAUUUAAUGGUUUCGAAAGGCCAUGAACUCGAUGCUUUUACAUACAACAUAUUAAUCGACAGCUAUAGCAAAGGUGGGAGGAUUGAUGAUGCUUUGAGUCUUUUUUAUGCAAUGCCUUGCAAAGGAGUACAUCAUACAGUUGUUACAUACAACUCAAUGUUAGCUGGAUUAUAUCGAGUUGGAAGAGUGGCUGAUGCAGAAAAAUUGCGUGAGAUGAUGCUUGCUGCUGGGAUAUGCCCUAAUCUUUACACAUAUAACAUAGUCAUGGAUGGGCUUUGCAAGAACCAAUGUAUUGACGAAGCUAUGAAGCUAUUUCGAGAUACAUUAUCUUCUAAUGUUAACCUCGACAUUGUCUGUUUCAAUACCUUGAUUGAUGGUUUGGUCAAAGCUGGAAGGUUUGAAGCAGCCAAAAAUAUCUUCAAUACUAUCCAUACCAAAGAUUUAAAGCCAAAUGUUGUUACUUUUAACAUAAUGGUACAUGGCCUCAUGAAGGAAGGGUUGUUUGACGAAGCCAAUAACUUGCUCUUGCAUAUGGAGAAGUCAGGUUGUCCGCCAGAUUCCAUCACAUUCAAUGCCAUUAUUCGUGGUUUGCUGGAGAAAGAGGAGAUAGAAAGGGCAAGAGAUAUGAUUAGGAAAAUGAAGGAGAAAAGCUUUUCUUUCGAGGUGUCAACUGCUUCUAAAAUAUUUAAUUUCUCAGAGCGGCAAUAUCAUGAAUAUCUGAAGUUGCUUCCAGAUUUUUCUUAGCAUUGUGCAAUGUGAUGGGAGCAACAUAUAUAUAUUGAAUUGGGCUUUGAUGAUCUUAUGUUCACAUAAGCAUUGGAUGUCAUUUAUGAUUU